AUUACAGCAGGUGGUGGGGAAAGGCUUAAAUCUAAAAUACAGCUAAAGUCUGUGCUCUGUGGGUCACCCCCUGCCCUCCAGCCUGCCCCAGCACAGCCUGCUUACACACUGUUGGGAUGGACAAGAUUUCCUGAGCUGCCAGCCAGAUGCCUUAAGACUGAGGGAAAGCCAAACAAAAAUAAACCUGGUGUAGCUGAGUGCUUUAAUUUGCAGGAAGAGCAGUGCAGCAGCAGCCUGGUUCCCAGCUGAAUUUUUCUUGCUGUAUCAAGCAUAAAUUCAUCAGGUAUUCCAUUUCCUGGGAAAAAAAAUAAAGCAGAAUAAUUCACUUGGAAAUAAAGUGUGGAGCUAUUUUUCCCUCUGACAUGGUGAAUGCAAUUACCUAAGGCAUGGGAGGCUGAGAUAACUCACUUAUUCAGCCCCCACUCUCCAAAGAAACCAUCAUCAUUCUGUCAGAAAAGGCUUUAAACUCCAAUUCACAUCCUGAAUGCUAAAACAUCACCACAUACAGAAGCUGUCCUUAUGAUUUCCAUGCACCAGCUACUGCAUCACAAGGAAAACACACUCAUAGGCCAGAAUUUACUAUUGUCAAGGCCACAUACACAGUGCAGGCUCUCUGUGUUUGCUGACCCUUUUCCCAAUGCUGUUGGUGUCUUCUUGUCCUUCAGGAGCAAUUCUUAGUGAAGCACAGCACAAUGGCACACUGCUAGUAGUGUGUGAGCCACACUGGGGCUGGGAAAAGGUGCAUGGGGGUUGAGAGUCUCAAGCUGUGUCUGUUUGGAGAGCUCAGUGCAGGCAAGCCAUAAGCCUGGGAUUGCCCCCAAAUUUAAUUCCAUUUAGGCAGCACUCUCCCAUCUCUUCUGCCAUUACAUAAUGGGGAGUGAAGUAAUGACUUUCAGCAAUGCUGUUUGAGUGGCAGCAGUCCAACUCUGGACUGUAUUUUUUUUUUUAAUGGUGGGGGGAGAGCAGGUUGGCAGAGGGGAGAAAGCAUCCGUUUGGUUCGUCUGCAAUCCCUGUUUCGCUUUGGGAGCUUUAGAGGACAGACACAUUCUUCCAUCUCCGCUAAUCCUCCUCUGAUACAGAGGAUUUUCCUGCCAUUAAAUGAUAGCUUGUGAGAAAAAAAUGCCAACUUUUCAGACUCAUAUGGCUAAGGGCAGCCUCACGAGCAGGAGGGAGGACACAGCCACUGCCUGGCCAGGUAAGCAACGCAUCCAGAUGAUUUCUGUUGGGAAUUUUGGUUUUCACUAUUUGAUGCUAAGCUGGUUACACUCCUCUGUACCAGCACCUGUCUCCUGGGGGUAGAGCCAGUGUCUUACUGCUGGUGAUCCUUUCCCACCUCAGAUGACAGGAAUCUGCCUUUGGCAUGGCUUGUGGGAAGGACACGGAUGAGCUCCUGAAAAGCGGUGGCACAAAGCUGCAGGAUUCCCUGAGAAGGUCAGUGGUGGAAGAAAGAUACUCACCAGGAAGGUGCUGGGGACUUCUUCAGCUUGAAAGUGUGUGAGAGAAGAGCAUUUUCCUUCAUCUUCCUUUCUAAACGUAGAUCUUUUUGUGGAAAAAUGAUGCAGGGAAAUGACAGAGGAUGAAACCCAUCUCUGUUCUUCCUGUGUGCUUUUAGAUCCCUCAAGUUUGCUUGCCAGACCUGAAAUGCCACUAGAGAAUAAUCAAGUGAUCCUUUGGGUCCCACGGGUGCACGGGGUGUGGGCCUGCGUGCGCUCCUGCCCGCCCAGCUGCGUGUGCACCCCGGAGCGGAGCUGCUCCGUGCUCUGUGACCGCGCCGGCCUGGGCCAGAUCCCCAGCCAGUUCCCCUGCGAAGCCUCUUCCAUCAACCUGGAUAAAAACAGCAUCAAGUUCCUGUCCGAGAGGGCCUUCGGGACGCUGCCUUCCCUCAAGUCCCUGUCGCUCAACCACAACAACAUCUCCUUCAUCACGCCGGGGGCGUUCAAGGGGCUGCCCAGCCUGACGGAGCUGAGCAUGGCCCACAACGAGUACAUCCGCUAUCUCCACACGCGGACCUUCACCGCGCUGCGGCGCCUCGUCAGGCUGGACCUGGCCGACUGCAACCUCUUCAACAUCCCCGACAGGAUCUUCAUCGAGCUGCCCGCUCUGCAGGAGCUCUUCUGCUUCCAGAACAACUUCCGAAGGAUCCCGGGCGCCAUCAGGGGCAUGGAGAACUUGACCCAUGUGUACCUGGAGAGAAACAGGAUCGAAGCGGUGGCCUACAACUCCCUGCAGGGCCUGACCAAGCUGAAAUACCUGAAUCUGCAGGACAACAAGAUAAAUGUCAUCCACGAGCGAGCUUUUCAGGGCUGUCAGCGGAUGGAGUACCUGUACCUGAAUGACAACUUGAUCAGCGAGCUUCCAGAAAACUCCUUCGAUGGCCUGAGGCGCCUGAAGAUGCUCAACCUGGGGGGGAAUUUUCUCAGGAACAUUUCCAACACCUGGUUCCGCGACUUGGGGGAGCUGGAGUUCCUCUACCUGGACCGCAACAGGAUCAGCUACAUCGAGGAGGGGGCUUUUGAGAACCUCACCAGCCUGGUGGCUCUGCACUUGAACAGCAACAACCUGACCACGCUGCCCUUCUCCGUCUUCGAGCCCGUGUACUUCCUGGGCCGGCUCUACCUCUUCCGCAACCCCUGGGAGUGCGACUGCCGCAUCGAGUGGCUCAAGGAGUGGAUGGAGAACUACAGGCUGGUCAGGGACAUUCCGUGUGCCUCCCCCUCCUCCGUGGCUGGGAUCGACCUGACGGAUGUGCUCUUCGAGAGGUCUCCCGAGGGUUACUGCCUCGACCCCGUGGAGCUGAACGUCACGUCCGAGGGGCCCACCCCGAGCGGGGAGCCCUGGUCUACCACAGAGAGCAAGUUCAACAGCCUUAUCUCCAAACUCCUGCUCCACAUGGGCCUUCCCGAGGAGGUGGCAAAUGCCACUGAGGUGUACAGUAACACCACGCAGCUGGACGGACAGACUGAAGGGGUUUCUUCUGGUGUGGGGGAAGACAGAACCGAGCCUGACUCCUCUUCCUUGUUCCUCUCAGCACUUUUUACAGUGAUUGUCCUGUUGUGCAAAUAGUCCAAGGGCUGGAUGGAGCAGGGGUUCUGCUUAAAUAUUUAGACUUUGCACCUACUCAGCCAUCAGAGAAAAGUUUUAUUGUGGGCCUCUGAUACAUAACAGGCUCCAAACUCUUCCAGGUUGGGUUUGUUGGAUCUGGCUUCAGAUUCCCUGGGAGCUGGUGAGAUCUGGGUCCCACUCUGAGUGACAAACCUGGGUGACACAAUGGGUGUCCCAGAGCAGCCUGGAUACUCACAGGGAGAUGAGCAGCACCAAGACUGGAUUUUGCCACAGAUGUGUGAUGUUCCCCACUGGGAAUGGAGGGAAGAGGGGUCUGUCUGUGGCGUGUUUGUUCUAUCGGGCCAACUCGUGAGAGCAGCUUCAUGACUGUGGUGACUCAGCUUCAGGAGAGCAAGAUGAGGCCACAAAACCUGGCCCCUCUUCAUGUCCUGGCAGACACCCACACCCACAGCAGGCACUGCUGAACAGCGGGAAACCAUUCCUGAUUUCCCCCAGCGGGUGCAGGAGGGAGCGGGGCAGUCCUGGGCAGCACCCAGGGGUGCAGCACUAGGCCUCAUUAAAAGGAGGAAAGCACCUGGGGAAGGCACCUGCCCUGGGCACGUCUGGGAUGGGCACAGUAUAUUGGCUGUGACCAAAGGCAGGAUUUUGAUCCUUUCUCCUCCCAGUUAUCCUGGCACUGGUGAGGGAGAACCAGAUGGACCCACGUUUGUCCAAAUAUUCUUCGCUGAAGCAAAGCUACUUAAACUUAACCUACUCAUUUCCAUAGUUUCAAUGUGUUUAAUUUCUCAGUGAAUAUAUUGUUUCAAUGAAUACUUUUUUUUAUUUGUAGAUUGUUUCAUGCCAUGGCAGCUGGGGCAGACCAUGGGGAUGAUAAAUGCAACCAGGCCCUAUGAAAUAUUUUGUAUUUCCACCACUAAUAUGUACCAUGUAGUGUGUCAUAUUAUGCCAUACUGAUCAUUUUAUUUUAUACAGCAUCUUAAAUGUUUUAUCUAUG